GGCUACGUCUGCUUGAGCCUCAUCAAUACCUGGGACGGAAAAGAGGAGGAGAGGUGGAAUCCAGCGAUUUCCACAGUGCUUCAGAUUCUAAUAUCGAUUCAGGCGCUGGUGCUGAACGAGAAGCCGUACUUCAACGAGCCGGAACUGGAGGAGGCGGCGGAGGCAGAGAUUUACUCCGACGCCUACAACAAGGAGGCCUACCUGUUCUGCUGCAAGAUGAUGAUGCGUUCCAUACAGAAUCCGCCGAAGAAUUUCGAGGAAUUCGUGAGCGAUUACUUCCGGCAGCGGGGGGAGGGGAUACUCGCCGCUUGCGAGGCAUACUCCGACGGCCGCGUCAGAGUUGGGCGCUUCAACGAAACGGAAUACUGCGAAAGUGAAAGCGAUUAUUGCCGUGGGAGGACUAGGAGUAGUCCUCUGCAUGUUUCCGCCAUUUUUAAGGCAUUAAUGGAGAAGACGUAUCGGGAUCUGGACGCAGCCUUCGCCAACAAUUCUGCUGCUCUGAUCUGCACCUCCAACUCCAACAGGGUACGAAACGAACACUGAAUUUGGCCAUUUCUUUUUUUAAUUUUCUAUUUUGAAAUUAGUACAAUACAGAAAUAUUUUGGCUGAUGAUUUGAAUUGAAGCAACAUAACUUCAGCUUCACCUAGUCUAUGCCUUUGCCUAUGGAGAGAGAAGUUCUUAUUUAAUGAAUCAGUAGAUCAGCUUUUUGAUUUUUUUUUA